AUGGCGACGCGAAGAAGGCCACAAAAUACAAUACGGCUCAUCUGUGUCUUGCCACUCACCAUAGUGGGUAACAAUAGAGGUGUACUUGCCUUGGCCCCCAUGGAUUCAUCCAGAACAAGACGAAGCCUAUCUAGUCAUCAUGCUCCUAGUGCAUCGUUCAAUCGACAACAACCUGUGUGCAACCUAUUCUUCCGUUCAGGUACCGCUCCUCCAAAAUCAUCAGAAAGAAGGCAGAUCGACCCAGCAAUAUUGGGACAACUUGAAUCGCCAACGUUGCGUCUCCCAUUUGAGUUUUCUUUGACUCGGGGUGAAGAGCAGGACGACGACGAGAACUUAAUCAUUCGUCACAUGGGAAUGGACGAUUUGGAUGAGGUUGUAAAAAUGUGCAUGGCUGAAUUUGGUCCUGCGGCUGAUAAGGAUCCGCAAUCACUGCCUGAUUGGCUGGAUAAGAUCUACUUUGAGCCAUCAAUACGAUUAGCUCUUCAGGCAAAGAUGAGGGAGAACAGAAUAUCGAAUGAAAACAUGUCCAAAGACCCAGCCAUAAUGGUCUUGUGCCGACAAGUAGAAAAGUCUAAAGUUGUCGGCUUGGUGGAAAUCAGUCUACAACCAGCAGAUGCGAACAAGAAUCCUCCAAAGUUUCCACAACCUUUGGCCAUCAAGAAUCUUUACAGCAAAUUCAAAGGGGUCAAGAUUGAGGGUUGGGUCACCAAUUUACUAAUCGAUCCAGACUAUCGUGGUCUAGGGUAUUCCAAACUCUUGAUGGCGGCAACAGAGGGUAUCGCGAGAUCAUGGGAUUGCAGCUACAUAUUCCUUCAUGCGGAUGCCAGCGUGCGAAGUGGAAAAGUAUCUCAAACAUUAUACGAAUCCAUGGGAUAUGAAGUUGUCACAGACAGCGAUCCUGAUUACGCAUGGAUGCCCAAGAAUACCUUCUCGUCAGUGCGUAUGAUUGACGGAGUUGCACUCUUGUGCUUUCGGAAACCUCUUUGA